UCAAAUAUUUUCAAAAUGGCGUGUUCUAAAAUAAAAAUCUUCGAUUCUGGAUCUAUAAACAUCAAUUAGACUUUCACUCGUCUAAUGUAAAACGAAACUCGCUGUAACAUUAAAUAAUGUCACCACCAGCAGUAGAGUACUAACGGCUUAGGAACUGAAACGCCUAUGCACGGCUACAUCUGUAGACAUUUAGGCGUUACCAUGGUUACCUAUGCGUUGAAGAAAAUAUUUCCUUUAAACAGCCAAGCUUGACCAACUUGACGACGUCGGAUUUCUCUUAUGGGGCGAGAAACGUGCUUGUCAGUAUCUUCUGUUCUUCUGGUCCUGACCCUAUUGCUGACCUGGUCAAAGCAAUGUGGGAGUCUCAAAGCAACUUUGAAGUCAAUCAACGCCAGCGCUACCACGGACGACUCGAUGCCGAAACAUGUGGACAUAAGAAUGACCACAGAAGACAAUUAUGACAUUCGGCUCGACCUGGAACGAGCGCCUCACUCAAGUGUUCCUUUAGUCUUGGUCGAUGUGAGCAAGGGAGGCCAUUUUGUGACAGAAUCCCAACUGAUGAUGCCGGAUAAGAAUGUUGACUUCUACCAAGACCCGCAAAACAAAGCGACUCUACAAAUCACUAGACAGAGAAACAAAGCAAGAGAGAAUGAAAGCUUUGACAUGAGAGGUCAUAUUGUAAUCAAAGGAUGGGUCUAUUACCUCAACACUGAACAAGGAUAUGAACCAAAUGACGGCCAUGAUACUAAAUAUAGAUCUGACGUACCACGUGACUCACCGGAAGAAGUCAUUGUUGAGUCCCUUGUAGGAAGAGAUCUCAUUUUGGAAAAGGAAAAUUUGUUUUGGCAAUUAGAUUCGGACUAUCUUUCCCAAGAGGUUCUCAGAACUGAAGAUCAUGCGCACGGAGAAGAGCCCCUUCGGUGGCCUUCGUCUGGGACAGCUCGUGCAAGGCGCCAGUCUCGACAGCAGUACUUCAUCGACAUAGUAGCAGUGGUGGACUAUUCUCUGUUUAUGAAGUUUAAAGGACUGAAUGACUCGUGGGACUUGCAGACUAUUUAUAAACACUAUGCUUUGACAUUUAAUGAGGUGGACCUGAUAUAUAAAGCACUGAACACUUCAUUUCUUCUGACGAUACAAGUGAUUAAAAUUAUAGUCUUAACGACUGCAGCGGCUUCCAACUUCAGUGAAUUUUAUCGCCACGAUGAUAAACUGCCAGCGGACUCGUCUCUUCAGUCCUUGACUGCGUUCUCUCGAGACCAGGGCAAAGAGAUCAUUGGGGAACACGACCAUGUCAUGGCUUUCACAGGAUUGGAUUUAUUCGCCAUAAGACAAGGAGAACCUAAUUACAAUGUAGCGGGGAUAGCCAACGUUGGUGUCAUGUGUCGUCAGGAUGGUACCAGCUCUUCAGUGAUUGAGGAGAGCUUCGGCUACCUGACGGCCAUAGUUGCCACUCACGAAUUAGGUCACAGUCUUUCCGCCAGGCAUGAUGGAGAUGGAAAUAUGUGCGACUCGCACGAUGGUUAUAUCAUGGCGGUCACCAGCUCCACUUCUAAAGUGCUGAACCAAUAUCACUUUUCAAACUGCAGUUCAGAGAGCAUUCAAAAUUAUAUUCGAAACGUUCUUCGUUCACAAGAAGGAGUCGAGUGUCUUACAAAAGCUCUCAAAGUGUCAGACAGCGUACCUAAUGUCAAUGACACGCUGCCAGGUCUUGAGAAGACAGUGGAUGAACAAUGUCGGACAACAUACGGGAACGACUCUUAUUUUUGUCGACAACUCAAGCCACAGGAUAUCUGCAGGAACUUGUGGUGCGGGCUACGCACGAACCUUUCUAUCUGUCAGACUUCACAGAUGGCUUUAAGAGGCACCCCUUGCGGCAAUAAAAAGGUUUGUUCCCUCGGACUGUGUGUCAACGAUGUGAGAGGCUUAGACGUACCAGACACCUGUUUGUUUGGAGACGCCGAGAGCAUCAUUGCAUUUAACAUGUCAUGUGAGCAGCUGAUAGGCCACAACACUAUGCACUGUUACAACAGUUUCGUUCAAGAUUUAUGUUGCAAGUCUUGUCUGAGGCACCACAGCCCUGUUAAAGGCUGUGAGUAUGGUGACAAAGUUAGGGGCUGCCAACUAAAACACUGUAAAAAUUACCCAGCUCAGUGUUGUAAGACCUGCACUCCAGAAGAAGUAAGCACAGAGCAACAGAGCAAGAACACAACUAUUGGAGCUACAGCAUCAACUUUAGAACCACUGACGCACCAACGGACAGACCCGAAAGUUGACCCUUUGACAUAUUCAUCUAGGGUAAACAAUGAACUAUCAACGAGUAUUCAAAAGACCAUUAUUAGUACUAAACCUAAAUACCCAUUCAGAGCUAGACCCAGAUUUAUACCCAGAUUCACACGCAGUUCUACAUCCAGAUAUAAAUCAAGUUCUACAACCAGAUCUACAGAGGAGGUUACCGUUACUGAUGAAUCAUCCAACGCUACAAGUCUGCAAACCAAAUCGAAUAACGUUUACAGGAAAUCAGUCUCCGGUUCCGGUAAAACAUUCCAUACAUAUCACUUUAUGUUUAUUAUUGCAAUCAUUUUUACACUGUCUAGCAUUGUUAACAUUUAUGUAAAUAGCAUUCUCUGACGUCUGUCUUUCGGUGGUACCAUUGGCCAUAUGUCUGUAUUGUUUCGUAUGAUGUUUUUAUACACUUUUGUGUGUUUUAAUUCUGGUAUAAAUGUAUGUAAAUAAUAACUUUGGACGACUACUUUCCUUACCUAACAUCCAUAUACAUUACUUAAUUAUAUGACUGUUUUGAAAGCAUGUGUAAAUAUAUAAUAUUUAUAUAAGAAAAAUGUGUUGCUUCAAGUCUAUGCCGGAUGUUUCAUAAGUGAAAGAUUUUUGUGAAGGUCCCUGCAUGUAUCAAUAAAUUAAAAAUUUCGAAGAAUGAAA